UUGACAGUGAACACGAGAGGUCUGGGACUGAAACUGAUCAAGCCAUUCCUCAGAAUGCUGCGGAAAUCCAUUUGGAUCCUACUUCUCACUUUGUAUUUUGUUAUUUUCACAGACAAUGUCCAGUCAAUAUAUGUGGUGACAGAUACGCCAAAUGUAGUCGUGAAUGUUGGCAACAAUGCCACACUUGACUGCUCCUAUAGGACACAAGUUGAAUCUGCAUUUUCCCUUGAAUGGCGCUUUACACCUGGCCCAAAAGGAGAUGGAAAUGCAGAGAAGAUUCUUUAUUAUACUGAUGGGAAAACGUACAGACUUGGGCCUCAAGCUAAUCGAAUCAAACUGGUUGAUCAGAACCCAACCAAUGGAAUAGCGUCCAUUAGAAUUGAAAACACCAGGCCGUCAGAUACGGGUACAUACUCGUGUGAUAUAAACAAUCCUCCGGAUUUUACAGGAACCAGUGAGGCAUUUGUCAAUUUAAUUGUCCAAGUCGCACCAUCCAUUCCUGAAUGUAAAGUGAUUGGGAAACCGUACGUAGGAAACAAUGUGACAUUGCUGUGCAGAUCAUCAAUAGGCCAGCCAAGUCCUAAGUAUGCAUGGUCAGACGUCAACCCUGGUAUUGAGAAAUCAUCAUCGAGAGUCAUGGUAAAAGAUUCUAAUAAAGGCACCCUGUUUCUGAGAAACCUAACGAUGGAGCACUCCGGAACCUACAAGUGCGUGUCAUCCAACAUUCUUGGUGAACGAUCAUGUCAAUUGGUUCUCAGAGUCACGGUGAGCAACGAAGCUGGAGUGAUUGUUGGAGCUGUGGUUGCCACCCUUAUUGCUCUGAUUCUGAUUGCUGUUGUUGCAUUCUACUUACUUCGCCACAAGAAGAAGAAUCCCAAAAUUCCUGUUAUAGGACAUGAAUUGAGAGAGGAUGCAGUGGCACCUGGUAAAGAAGCGACCUCCCAUCUAAUGGCACCAUCUGUACACAGCAGCGGGACCAACUCAGACAGCAUGAACACAAAAUAUAAUAUUGUUGUCUGAGUCAAAUCACAAGCAUUGCACUCCACAAAUUUCAGGAUUGAAGAGGUUGAAGUUUCUUUAUAAAAAAUCUUAUUUUCCUUUUAUAUAUGUUUUGCUUUGUGCUACCAAACCACCUAACAACAAGUUGUAAUGAAGUGGAGAUGCCAAUGUUAGGCUGGGGUGGACAAAGUCAAAAAUCACAUGAGACCGGGUUAUAGUCCAACAGGUUUAUUUGAAAUCACAAGCUUUCUGACGUUGCUCCUUCAACAGGUGCAGUAAGAGAGGGAACACAGACGCAGAGGUCAAAGGAUUAUACAAACAUAAUUAUGGGUGAAUGGGCACCAUGCAAUAAUUGCCAGGCAGGGCUGUUCUCUCCCAGUACAGAAACACUUCAGCGGUUAGGGGCAUUCAGUCUCCGAUCUUCGGGUAAGUGUCCUCCAAGGCAGAUUUCAGCAUACACAACAACCCAGAAUCACCGAGCAGAAACUGAUAGCCAAAUUCCAUACCCAAGGAGACGGUCUCAGUUGUGAUCUUGGGGUCAUGGUGCACUACAGGUACCCUACCACACUGUUCUGUAUCUGUAAAAUUUUCCCUACUGCCCUGUUUGGACAGCAUCGUAUCUCUCUUGCUCACUCUCUCUCACUCUCACUCUCUCACACACACAAAUCGAUGGGAUGAAUCAUUUCAUCUAAGAUGUCUGUCUAUUUGCAGAUUCUAUUUUGUUCAAAAACACACACAAUUUGCAGUCUUCGUCCCUCAGGGUGGCAUUUUAUAAAUUCCUGCUAUUGGAAUAAAACCAGCCCGAUUCCAGAUUAGAACUCAGAGGCAGAUUCUGAAUGAGCAGUCACACCUACAAUUCAGUGUCUGACCUGAGUUAUCACCUUUUGUAUCUCUGCCUGAUUGAAGUUCAGAAAGUUAGGCAUACACUGAUAAAGCCUUUAAUUAUCUCGAACAGCGACUUGAAACUGAUUCUGGAAUUUGCAUCCUUAUCAAUCAAAACUUGCAUCUCCUUUCUAACAGAGUUCUCCAUCGGCUAUUUUAUACUUGUUCACUCCACUCAUACCAGUUGUAUGAUCCUUUGAUGCCUAUGUCGACAAAUUCUCUGUCUAUGUGCCCUCUCUCACUGUACCUGAUGAAGGAGUGGCGCUCUGAAAGCAUGUGAUUUCAUAUAAACCAGUUGGACUAUAACCUGGUCUUGUGUGAUUUUUGAUUUACAAGUUAUUACUGUCACGUUGUGUUUAACUGGCUGAAGUCUAUUAAAUGAUCAUGGAUUUCUAGCAAAAUGACAAGAAACUGGAAAUGGUAUGUCCCUAAGACUUGACUAUUAAUGGCCUUGUCAUUUAUUUUAAAAUGAUAGUCUCAGUUGGACUUCCUCAGCAACUUCAUUGGGAAAGCAUAUUGUUUUCAGCUUUUGGGGGUUUCCAAGAUGGACCAUAUUACAGGACUUUGACAGAGAGAGCUACAAUUUCUAAUAUUCAAGAAACUCCAAAUAUAGGCAGGUUAACCACUACUAAUUUGGUACUGAGACCAAAUGAUGUCAGGGGAAGUUUUCCGGAUCCAAAAUAUUGUUAUGCUUGAGAUAUAAUUGUAGCAAGAGACAUAUUUCCCUUCUUUCCUCUAUCACAUUUUUGCUCUCACUUGGCUAUGCUUCUUCGAGGAAGUAGAAGGCUGACCUGUCUCCAAGUCUUUGGCAAUUGCUGCUGUCAAGCAAUCAUGAAGAAGUUUUGCAAGGAGCAGCCUUGGUAUUGCUUGGAUCACUCUUUAUAUAAGGACUUGGACAUAACAGCGACAAGAAUGAAAAUGGGGAUUAAACAGUGUCAAGAAUUGAAUCACUCACCAGUGUUGUUGUUAGUAGUUACUUCUGUCCACAGUUCUCUGUCUUAAGUUUCCAAAUUACCUAAUUUAGAGUAAAUAAGAUAUUCAACCUCACUCAGUCUCACCAUGCCAGGUCGUUGUUAAAGUAUAAAUGAAGGAAAAUAAUUCUGGAGGACUGACAGCAUCUUUAGCACCUUCAGAUAUUAUUUGGGUUCAGGUGGUAUAACUGGGUUUAGUUUUGAGAGUUAUGUCGUGGAGCUCCUAAGCAAUAUAUAUUGUCACUGCUGAAAUAUUGUGCUACCAUCCAUACCGAGUCCCAAUGGACAAAUCUGCCCAAACAAACUUAGUUUUGUCUUGCAAUUGCCUGCAUGAGACUCAUUAUUGACCUGGAUGGCUGGGGUUCCUAUUCACUACUUUUCCCUCCUCUGCUCCCAAAUGAUUUUGGAAUAUAUUGGGACCAAUGUUUCAAGUUGAUGAUCUUUCAGCAGAUAGUAAUUAUGCGCUGCUACCAGAUUUCAGCAUUUUCUGCGAUAAUGUGCUUGCAUUGAUUUAGAAAGUAUGGUGCCUGAAACAAAAGCUUUUAUUAUAAUUUGUCAAUUUUUACUUCCAUUUCAUAAAUAUGUAAGCUUCACUGUGCUGAGUGCAGGAUGUUGAAUUUGAACCGAUUAAAUAUGUUGCUGAGAUUGUUUCCAGCACUCAAUAUGGGUUAGCCUGAAUUUGUUUGUGUGUUUUGUGACUCUCUGCUAUGGAGUGAAUUUUAAUAAACACUGUUA